AUGCCUGGUAAUACCACCCAUGCUGCAGAGAACACGCCGUUGUUAGCGUCUCAUAAACAUGAAAGUCUCCCUGGUCCGCGCGAAAUCUCUCGUGCAACUCGCUAUGGCGUGCUGGCCGGCAUCUGGACUGCAAAUUUCCUGCAAGCCCUGAAUAUGACGCUGGUUGCGACACUGCUCCCAUCCAUAUCAUCUCAGUUCAACCAGUCCAACCAAGCAAGUUGGAUAGGAACUUCGUACUUGCUUGCUACGAGUACGUUCACUCCUCUUUAUGGGCGACUCUGCGACAUCCUCGGUCGCCGAGGUGCAAAUCAAUCCGCUAUCUUGUUUACGGCCUUGGGCACCCUCGCCUGCGGGCUGUCCGGGAACAUGGAGAUGCUCAUUGUGGCUCGAUUCCUUGCCGGUAUAGGCGGCGGAGGUAUCAAUACGACGGCAACAAUCGUCACGAGCGAUUUGUUCAGUAUUAAAUCGCGAGGACUCGUACAAGGUAUUGCGACCUUCUGGAGUGCGCUCGGUAUGGGACUUGGCGGACCAAUGGGCGGUUUCAUCAGCGAUCGGUUCGGGUGGCGCUGGGCGUUCCUGAUUCAGUUACCGUUCUUCGUCGUGGCAUUCGUCCUUACCUCGAUCAAUCUCAGAUACGCUACACCUGGCAGCCACAAACGUACCAUUGACGUACUGAAGCACAUAGACUAUGGAGGAACGCUAACUCUAUUGGGAUCUGUUCUCUCGUUCUUGAUAUUCCUGAGCAACCGCUUUAAUAAGGGCCUUGAGAUUUCGGAUGUGACUGUAGCUGUCCCGCUCGCGUUGUCGGCCGUGUUUCUUAUUCUCUUCCUCACCUUCGAACUGCGCUUUGCACCUGCGCCCAUGCUAGCGCCAGCGCUUUUGAAGCAGAAAGUGCCAGUUUGCGUAGGACUGAGUAACCUCCUUGUGGCACAGUGCAAUUUCGCCAUCACGUACUACUUUCCAAUGUGGUUCAUCACCUGCGCUCUUACGAGUGCAUCUACCGCUGGACUCCACUUAGUCCCGAACAGCGUGGCGACGUCAACAGGAUCUCUCUUCGCGGGCUGGGUCAUGCACAAGACAGGCCACUACAAGAAGCUUAACCUAACUUUCGGAGCAUUUCCCUUCCUUGCUGCAAUUCUGCUCGUACGCAUGACACCGGAGUCGGGCGUGUUCACACAGUGGUUCAGCAUCAUACCGCUUGGUUUUGGCAACUCUAUCGUGUUGCAAACGAUGAUUAUCGCGUUAUUAGCCAAUCUGCCGGAAUCUGACGUGGCCGUGGGCACAGGCUUCGGCCAACUAUUUCGUGGACUAGGUCAGGUGUCUGGUGUGGGUAGCUCCAGCGCUAUAUUUCAAUAUUACUUGGACAGAGAACUCAAAAGCCGCAUAACCGGCUCCGAUGCUGAUUCAAUAAUUGACAGCAUUCGUCACUCUGCAACGAUAGUCGCCACUUUACCCCCGGCUAUCAAAGACCAAGCUACGGCAUCGCACGCUAUCGCGAUUCGCGCCGUGUUCAUCAUGGCCGCGACGUCAACGCUACUUGCUUACAUAAUCCGUCUUCCUAUACCGGACUGUAAUCUAGAUGAUCUGUCGCGCAAAAGGGCCGAACAACCUCGUAAUGUCGCCGCCGCCGCACCCUCCGCGGCCGCUGUGGAAGGCGCUCUCACGUCGGAACACAAUCAGACAGAAAGCGAGGGAAGCACUCUGAGCGACGCCGACGAAGCAACGGAUCAAGUGCCCCAGGCAUCUAUCGACACACACUCGCAAGUACCCGCUCGACCUGCUCCGCGUAGGACCCGGCGUCUGUCGGGUUACGAGUCCAUGGGAAGCUCAAUCUAA